UUAGUAUUAAGAUAAUGUUUUAAUAUUUGAAGGUAUUGAGAACUUGUCAAUAGAAAGUCAAUUAUGUAAUACUGUGUACUUCAAUACAGCAUUUUCUCAUACAAUAGCAUCAAAUCAUAUUGUGUACAGCAGAGGUGUCAAACUCAAGUUCUUGAGGGCUUGUGUCCAGCAACUUUUAGAUGUGUCUGUGAUGCCACACGGCUGGAUCAAAUGGGGUGGUUAUCAGCAGGUCAUCAACUUGACUGCACUUAGAAGCUAAUUCAGUCAUAUAAUUCAGGUAUUUUGGACCAGAGGAACAUCUAAAAGUUGCAGUACACUGGCCCUCGAUGCCUGGAGUUUGACACCCCUGGUGUACAGUGUCAUGUUGUUACUCAACAGCACGUUACUCUGAUCUUUGCAGGAGAUGUCAGCAACAAGGUCUCAGAGAGCAAAAAGAAAUCCCAAACAUGAUGCCAGUUAUUAUUGCUCCUUAGGUGAAGAUAAAGAGGGAUUUGAUGAAAAUACAUUAAUUCAUUUAAAGGUCGGGGUGUGUACAGUUGCCGGUGCUUUCAAAAAGGAGAUUCUUAUUGAGUACAGAGGGGAAGUCAUAAGUAGAAAGGAACAAGAAAACCGAUUGAAAAUUUACCAUGAUGCACUCGAGGCUUUUAUGUUUGAUUUCAAGUUCAAUGGACAACAGCUUUGUGUUGAUGCUGCCAGAGAGGAUGGAUCAUUGGGGAGGCUGGUAAAUGAUGAAGAGAUGAACCCAAACAGCAAAUUGAAAGUUACAAGGGUGGAUGGAAGACCUCAUCUUUGUUUAUUUGCACUCAAAGAUAUUGGUCCUGGGGAAGAAAUCACUUAUGUUUAUGGUGAUUCUGACUGGCCAUGGAGAAGAAAGAUUUCCAAAGAUGAACUGUGUCAGGCUGUUGACGUGGACGCAUGCGGAUCCUGUUCAACUAACCCUCCAGAGAUUUCCAAAGAUGAAAGGUGUCAGGCUGGUGACGUGGAUGCAUGCGGAUCCUGUUCAACCAACCCUCCAGAGAUUUCCAUAGAAGAACCGUGUCAGGCUGGUCAUGUGGAUGCGUACAGAUCCUGUUCAACCAACCCUCCAGAGCACAAUGUAAACACAGAGAUGGUAAGGGGAAAGAACUCAACAGAAAACUAAAACGGAAGGACAUAGAGCCCCGCAGAAAAUGAACACAAAUAAAAAUUCUGGUAAGUCACCACACCUACACAAGUCAAGAAACACCAAUCUACUUAAGCUCAAAAGCACAACUGAAGCAUGGUCAAAAGUAAUGAUCCACACCACUGAAAGGCAAUAGGAUGACCAUUUUCUUCUUUAUGCAUAAUAUUUUGAGCAGACAUGAUCCAAUAUGUCAUCUGGCUUAAAUUACCAUGCACAUACCAUAUAAAACUGUACCUUGUAUUAAAAUGAUAAACUUUCACAUAGUCAAUGUUCAGAUGCUAGAAAAUCUAAUUUAGUGAUGAGUAAUGGGACUGUUUAUACUACUUUCUCUAUGCCAAUCUUAAUCUGAAAUACAUUCACAUAGUUAUAUUUUUUCAAAGUAGCAAAGCACCA